UGAACAAAAGGGGAAUACAUUUGGUGAUUGGAAUACGUAACUCUGAAAUAAAUGUAAAGGUCCGCAGUCAAGUGCCUUGAACUCAAGAAGAAUUGGAUUUUAUAAGAAAAAUUAGUGUAUCAGGUUCAUUGUUCAUAGUUCAGUUUCAGAUCAGUCCACGUCGGCGUCAUGGUGGCAGCAGGACACGGUGAAUACGGCGGAAAUUGCGGACAAUGCAGAUUUUUUUUCGUCGAUGCACGGUCUGGUACAGACCCAUCCUAGUCUGGCGCUAAAGGAUAACGUAAAUAAUGUCCGAUUUAAUCCGACAAGAUCGCAGUUGCCAAAAGCGAGCGGAUCGAAGCAUUUAGAUUAUAGGACGUCCGCCACCGCAGAAUUGAGAAGAAACCCUAAUUUGUCUGCACCGGAUGAGUGCGCCAGAGCUUGUCGAGAAGGAGAACCGCCGAGGAUAUGUUACUACCAUUUCACUUUGGAGUACUAUACUGUUUUGGGAGCCGCUUGCCAAGUGUGCACGCCGAACGCGACCAAUACGGUAUGGUCCACUUGCCAAUGUAUUCUAGCGGAUGGUGUCGAACGAGGCGUCUUAGCGGCUAAUCGUAUGAUCCCCGGUCCCAGUAUACAAGUAUGCGAGGGUGAUAAGGUGGUCGUAGACGUAGAGAAUCACAUGGAGGGUAUGGAAGUGACAAUCCAUUGGCACGGCGUGUGGCAGCGGGGCAGUCAAUACUACGAUGGUGUUCCAUUCGUAACACAGUGCCCCAUUCAGCAAGGGAACACGUUCAGAUAUCAAUGGAUCGCAGGAAACGCCGGCACUCACUUUUGGCACGCGCACACUGGUCUACAAAAAAUCGACGGUCUCUAUGGAAGCAUCGUAAUCCGGCAAGCUCCCUCCAAAGACCCCAACAGUCAUUUAUACGACUUUGAUUUAACAACGCAUGUUAUGCUUCUGAGCGACUGGAUGCACGAAGACGCCGCCGAACGGUUUCCCGGACGUCUCGCAGUGAACGUCGGACAAGACCCCGAAAGUAUGCUUAUCAACGGCAAGGGUCAAUUUAGAGAUCCCAACACCGGAUUCAUGACCAACACCCCAUUGGAAGUAUUCACGAUAACACCUGGUCGAAGAUAUCGAUUCAGAAUGAUUAACUCAUUUGCAUCAGUAUGUCCUGCUCAAUUAACAAUUCAAGGACACGACUUAACGCUAAUAGCAACCGACGGCGAGCCGGUACAUCCUGUUCGAGUGAACACAAUCAUAUCCUUCUCAGGUGAGCGGUACGAUUUUGUCAUCAACGCCGAUCAACCUGAGGGCGCUUACUGGAUUCAAUUGAGAGGAUUAGGCGAAUGCGGUAUCAGGAGGGCGCAACAACUAGCCAUCUUGAGAUAUGCUAGAGGCCCUUACCAACCUGGCACUCCUGCGCCAACCUACGACUUUGGAUUGCCCCAAGGAGUGUCCCCAUGGCCCAUCGAUGCGUCGUCCAUGAUUACGGUUGUUGUUAAGAUCAUCAACGGAUUCUUCCGAUUGUGCACCGUGCAGCAAAACGAGCCUCAUGUAUUUGCACCGGGUCUUCCUGUGUUCCAACUAGUGGCCCAUUGUGAUACCAGACUAACGAACGAAUCGAUUGGGAGGUUCAAUAUGAAAAGGAAAACCAAAGUGCCAAGAUAG